AUGAACAACUUCACCUCUGUGACCAUGUUCUUCCUCACGGGAUUUUCUGAUGUUCGGAAGAUCCAGAUCUUACAUGCCGUGCUGUUUUUACUAAUUUACCUGGUAGCCAUACUAGGGAAUGUUCUUAUAAUCACCCUUACAACUAAGGAUCAUCGACUCCACACCCCUAUGUACUUCUUCUUGAAGAAUUUGUCCUUUCUGGAUCUCUGCCUCAUUUCCAUCACUCUUCCCAAAUCCAUUGCAAACUCUUUGACUAAUCAAAACACCAUCUCAUAUCUUGGCUGUGUUUUACAGGUGUUUUUCUUCUUCCUCUUAGCCACUACAGAAGUAUCUUUACUCACAGUGAUGUCUUAUGACCGUUACAUUGCCAUCUGCCACCCACUCAGGUAUGAACUCAUCAUGAGCCAUGGAGGCUGUAUGCAGAUGGCAGCCUCUUCAUGGGCCAGUGGAGGUCUCAAUGCAAUUCUGCACACAGCUUCUACUUUCUCCAUACCUGUGUGCGGGUCUCCUGAAGUCCAUCAGUUCUUCUGUGAUGUUCCUCAACUACUCUCUCUUGCCUGUUAUUAUAAUAUUACAGAAUUAGUAGUCAUUGGUCUUAGCCUAGUAUUAGAUUUUGGCUGUUUUGUGUUUAUUGACAUUUCUUACUUUCACAUCUUCUCCACUGUUUUGAGAAUCCCAUCUAGAGAAGGCAGAUCUAGAGCUUUCUCCACAUGUCUACCUCACCUCACUGUUGUGACUCUUUUUCUAUUUUCUGGGUUUUUUGCCUAUUUACGACCUUUACCCAAAUAUCCAACAACCUUGGAUUUGCUAGUGUCAGUAUUCUAUACUAUUGUGCCACCGACCAUGAAUCCCCUUAUCUACAGUUUGAGAAAUAAGGAUAUGAAGAUGGCACUGAAGAAAUUGUUGAAGGGUAGCCCUUCAAAUUAG